AUGUCGAGACAUCGCGUAAAGAAUGUCGGCUAUGAUGACGACGAUUACGAUGACGACGAGGGCUACGAAUCACCCGAUCCCGAGGAGCAGGAAUUUCUGAAACAGUGCACUGCACUUGUCUUGCAACAGCUCCGCGCGGGGCAACCGUCGGUGACCGCUACGACCGAAGAAAUCCAGGAGGCGCUAUGGCACUACUACAACGACAUUGAGAAGUCGACAAAUUUCUUGAGAGGUACGUUUCAUAGGAACAUCUGGGCCAAAAUUGCUCCCCAGGUCAAGGGUGGGCUGCAGCUUACCUACCUACUCUGUCCAGGCAAGAAGGAAAAGGAGCUCAAGAAGCGGCAGACGGCGACUGUGCCAAAAAAGAACGAACUGACACCUCUUGGAAGUUUGGACAAUGUUCUAACAGGUCUUCCAUUGCCAGGUUUUCCAGCGCCCAGUUCUUCGCCUGCAGCACACUUCUCCGCUGCCGACUUCUUUCGCGACUCUCCUUGGCUCAAUGUACCUGCCGAACGCAACAUGGACAUUAUGGUAGAGCCCCUAUAUCCUCGACUGGGCUUGCUAGGUGGUGCACCAGAGGCUGGAGGCAAAGUUUCCAAGCUUGCAGCCUUGGCUGCAGCACGCAAGAAGAAAGAAGGCGAAAAGGCUACCCCCAGUCCUACUCCUACGCCGGAUGUGCCUUCCAUACUACAGGCGGAGAAAUCAGAAGCAUCACCGCCUGAGCCACAAAGCACUCAGCUGUCGCUAAGAGAGAGACUGGCUGCGAGCAAGUCAUCAAAGCCCGAAACAGGGGGUGGGGUGCGCAGGUUCGGCAAACCAGAAGUUUCGGCGCAAGCACAAGCUCAGAAACAACCGACACCAGAACCUACGAAAAUUCCAGAGCUCCCGUUGCCUGAGAAAGCUGAACCAGAGGCCGAGUCGGAACCAGACCAACCACAGCUUCAUUUGCGUGCCUCGCCUUCUGGAUUUGCGAGUGCCAUUGUUGGCAACGCAGCAGGACCAACCAUGGCCCAGCCCAGCCACAUACAAUCGAGCAACGUGGAUUUGCUCAGAAUCUACGGCCAAGACCAUGCUGAACCUUUUGACUUUGCAGGCCCCAGCCCCGACGAUAUGGUGCUGAAUGCUCAAAACACAGCAAAAGGAAUGAAGUCCAAAUCCGCUGCAUCCAAGUCGGCCGGUGAUAAGACCCCGGCCGAUCUUGCUGGUGGCUUGAAGGACCUCUCCGUGGACGAGAAGGUCUCUGUUAAAAGCAAGAACUUGGAUGUCCUAGCGGAGUACAACAAAUCAAAGAGGAAGAAGUCUGCCAAUUUUGUUGUUAUCGGACAUGUCGACGCUGGAAAGAGUACUCUGAUGGGGCGUUUGUUGGCGGAUCAAGGAGCAAUUGACCAGCGAACUUUGGACAGAUAUCGUAGAGAGGCUGAGAAGAUUGGAAAGGGGUCAUUCGCUCUUGCAUGGGUGCUGGACCAGGGCUCAGAGGAACGUGCACGAGGCGUCACAAUUGACAUUGCUACCAACAAGUUUGAGACGGAGUCCACUGCAUUCACAAUUGUUGACGCACCAGGACACAAAGACUUUGUUCCAAACAUGAUUGCCGGUGCUAGUCAGGCUGAUUUCGCCGUGCUGGUGAUUGACUCAAGCACGGGCAAGUUCGAGUCUGGGUUGAAGGGCCAGACCAAGGAGCAUGCCUUGUUGGUCCGCAGCAUGGGCGUGCAAAAGAUUGUUGUGGCUGUGAACAAGAUGGACACUGUCCAGUGGAACAAAGAUCGCUUUGAGGAAAUCGAACAACAGAUCUUCUCAUUCCUGACGACAGCCGGCUUUCACGAGAAGAAUAUUGCCUUUAUCCCGUGCUCAGGUGUGCUGGGAGACAACAUUACUCGGCGCAGCGACAAUCCCCAAGCUGCGUGGUACACGGGCAGAACAUUGAUCGAGGAGCUGGAGACUUCAGAGCGAUACACACACGCUCUUGAGAAGCCACUACGCAUGACAAUCGGCGAUGUCUUCCGUGGCAGUGUGCAGAACCCACUCUCAAUUUCUGGUCGUCUUGACUCUGGCAGCCUACAGAUUGGCGAUCAAAUUCUUACCAUGCCCAGUGGCGAGACCGCCCUCGUUCGCAGCGUGGAAGUGGACGGUGAACUCAACGACUGGGCUGUGGCUGGCCAGAACGUGGUCCUGAAUUUGGCCAAUAUCGACCCCAUUCACCUGCGCUCUGGAGAUGUAAUCUGCCGAGCUUCAUCGCCUAUUCCCAACAUCACCACUUUUACUGCCAAGGUCCUCGCUUUUGAGCACUUGAUGCCUAUGAUGGUGGACGUACACCGUGGCCGUCUUCAUGUCCCUGGCCGCAUCAGCAAGCUUGUCGCAUCUCUUGACAAGGCUUCUGGUGAGCCUAGCAAGAAACGACCAAAGAUCGUUGCUCCCGGCACUGUUGCACGAGUAGUUGUCGAGAUGGAUCAGGCUGUGCCGCUAGAGGCACCAACCCGCAUUGUUUUGCGACAUGGGGGUUCGACUGUGGCAGCCGGACUCUUGGAAUAA